CCAUAAUCAUCCAAUUUUUCAUCAUAUCUCGUUAAUUGGAGUAUACGUCCUCCUGAAACCCUAACUAACCUUUUUCGAUCUCCGACCUAUGGCUCGUACGAAGCAGACCGCCCGCAAAUCCACCGGCGGUAAGGCGCCCCGGAAGCAACUCGCCACCAAGGCGGCUAGGAAAUCGGCCCCUACGACCGGCGGCGUGAAGAAACCCCAUAGGUAUCGUCCCGGGACGGUCGCUCUCCGUGAGAUCCGCAAGUACCAGAAGAGCACGGAGCUCCUCAUCCGUAAGCUGCCAUUCCAGCGGCUGGUUCGCGAGAUCGCACAGGAUUUCAAGACGGAUCUGCGCUUCCAGAGCCAUGCUGUUCUGGCGCUUCAAGAAGCUGCGGAGGCGUACCUGGUCGGGCUCUUCGAAGACACCAAUCUUUGCGCCAUACAUGCGAAGCGCGUGACGAUCAUGCCAAAGGAUAUUCAGCUCGCUCGCCGGAUACGAGGCGAACGCGCUUAAUUUGAUGUAAUCUUUUAAUUUUCGGGAAAACUUAGUAUUAAUAUCUGUUAUCUGGAAAACAAUAGUGGGGUAGACCUUGUCACGUUAUGUUAGAUUGUUUGUAAUUAAAUUCGUGGGCCUGUUGUGCUUAUUAUUUAAUUAAUCGGCGGUGUCUUGCUAGUUCUUCUACCA